AUGAAGGAACCAGCGUUCUCGCCUUCCAAGCGGAGAACAGCGCAAGAGCAAAAGAAAGAGAAGAAAGAGAAGAAGAAAAAGCACAAGUGGACAUGGCGCAAUCUUGGCAGGUUCUGGGAGAGGAGAAGGGAAGACGGAAGUAAAAAACUCCUUGCCGCCACACUCGGUCCGCUGGCUAAUGUGCUCUCAAUUGCGGCUCUGGUUACCUACUGGAGGAUGGAUUUGGUCGUCGAUGGGAAUGUGUUGCCAGAGUUGUCUGGUGUGCCGUUCAAAGAUCCGGAAUGGACGUACUGGCUGAAUGUGGCAUCUCUGAUAUGCGGCUUUGUGGGCAACUUUUUCCUCCUGAUGAACUUCACACAGAAGGUCAGGUACAUAAUCGCCUUGCCAUUGACGAUCAUCCUCUGGUACAUUGCUACUGGUCUGCUCACGGCAAUUCUUAUUUGCAUGGAGAUCUAUGUCCCACCCGAUCGUCCCAACCAGACUUAUACCCAAGGCUAUUGGUAUGCCGUCAUGGCAGCAGUGUUCUACUGCAUUUGCUCCAUGAUAUUGAUGGUCAACAUGGUUGGGUACUGGCGAGGCCAUUACCCUCAAACAUUCACCCUGACCGAGUCACAACGCACGCUCAUCCUUCAAACGAUGAUGUUCUUCGUCUGGCUAGCAGGCGGCGGGGGGAUAUUCUCACGAAUCGAAACUCUACACGGGCAAGACAACUGGACUUUUGCCAACGCCUUGUACUUCUGCGACGUGACGAUCCUCACGGUUGGAUUUGGCGACAUGGUGCCGUCGAACGACGUCUCGCGCGGCCUCGUCUUCCCCUACUCGGUCGGCGGCAUCAUCAUGCUCGGUCUCGUCGUGUCCAGCAUCUACAAGUUCAGCACCGACCUCGGCCACGAGAAAGUGGUGCGCAAGCACAUCGACAAGGUGCGCAGCCGCACGCUCGACCGCACCGUCACGUCCUCGUUCGAGCUACGCCAACGCGCGACGGCGAAGCGGCUGCGGCACUCGUCAUCACGGCCGCUGCCCGUCAUCUCCGGUCCCUUCAACCCGGUCGACCGCUCCGCCGCAACACGCAUCCCCACCUCUGCCAAGAGACGAGAGGGAGAAAGGGAGCAGUACGAACUAGACGAGACGCAACAGCAGCAGCAACUUCGCGUAAGGAAGAAGAAAAAGAAAAAGGGCCCCGCCAGCGCCGUCGUUUCGACCGUGAAGCACCAGUACCAUCACCACCACCGCCGCCGCCAACCGCGGCUACUACUACUACGCGAGGAGAAAGACCGGUUCGACACGAUGCGCGCGAUCCAGCACUCGACGGCGCGCUUCAAGCGGUGGUACGCGCUGACGCUGUCAGUGCUGGCCUUCGGCAUCCUGUGGUGCGUGGGCGCCGUCGUCUUCUGGGUGGCCGAGCGCCGCGCGCAGGGGCUGAGCUACUUCCAGGCGCUGUACUUCUGCUACGUCUCGCUGCUGACUGUUGGGUAUGGCGACCUGGCGCCCAAGUCCAACGCCGGCCGCAGCUUCUUCGUCGUGUGGAGCCUGAUCGCGGUGCCGACCAUGACGAUUUUGAUUUCGGACAUGGGCGACACCGUUAUCUCAGGCUUCAAAAACGCCACAUCCAAACUCGCCGACGUCACCGUCCUGCCCAAGGACGGCAUCUGGCACGAUUUCCUGCAGUCGCACCCGCGCCUCCUCAACUUCCUGCAGCAAGCGGCCGCGCGCCGACGCAUCAGACGCGGCCUCCCCUUAGGCCCCUCGGCAGACGCCAAAGGAGAACAGGAGGGAGAGGAAGAGGAGGGCAGCAGAAGAAGCUCACCACCAUCUCGAUCCGGCGACCUGGAGUCAACAGAUCCCGAUCCUGAUUAUAACGAUGACCAUGAUAAUGAUGAUGACGAUACCGAGGAUGCGGCUGCCCGCACCACCCGACCACCAACAGUGGCGUCCCUCGCAGCGGAGGAUCCGGAGACGGAAUCGGAUGCUCGGCUCGCGCGGCGGUUAGCCAAGGCCAUCCGCGAUGUAGCCAACGACUUCAAAGCGGACGUGGACAGAGUGCGGCCGAAGCGGUACAGCUAUGAAGAGUGGGUAGAGUUUACCAAACUCAUAAGGUUCACGGCGGAAGGGAGGGAGGAAGAAGAGAGAGAAGAGGAGGAAGAGGGACUGGUGGAGUGGGAUUGGAUUGGCGAGAACAGCCCGAUGAUGGCGGGAAUGAGCGAGGCUGAGUUCGUGCUGGAUAGGCUGUGUGAGAGCUUGGGGAGAUAUUUGAGACGGAAUGAUGGGCUUGGAGGAGAAAGAGAGGUGAGAAGAAGUGGCGAUGAGGAGGAAGUAAAGGAUGCGGGCGGCUAG